CGUGGCUCCGAUUUGUCGUAGGAAGCCACACCACAAAUACAUGAAUGUGAUUUCUCCACCGUCCACAGGAGAAAAACAUGGCGACGCAAGGAACCAGGAACCUCCCUUUCGGACAAAGGAGCGGUCGCCCGGGUGCGGUUUUAUACCCGGUAUCCCAAAGGGACACCAGAAACCGGGGUUGGGCGCUGCCGAUAGAUCCGUAACGGGGAUGGGGCGAGUCCUCAGACGGGACUGCAAAUACGACACCCGGGAACGGGGAGAGUUUAAGAGAGGAGCGAAAUCAGCAGCGGCGGAGGGAGGGCCUCGUCUUGCCUCGCCUUCCCCCUUGUGCAAGCCCCUUCGGGCGCCGCCUCCAACACCGGUUGGAGGUUCAGCUGCCGCGGAGGAUGGAGCGCUUCUCAGGCCGCCGCGCUCUGGUGACGGGUGCAGGCAAAGGGAUCGGCAGGGCUGUGGCGGUACGGCUGAGCCACGCCGGGGCUCAGGUGGUGGCGGUGAGCCGGACCCAGGCAGAUCUCGAGAGCAUGCAAAAAGAGUGUCCAGGCAUCCAGACAUUAUGCGUUGAUCUCGCAGACUGGGAAGCUACAGAGGCUGCAUUAAGCACAGUAGAAGAUAUUGAUCUGUUAGUGAAUAAUGCUGCUGUGGCAGUUUUGCAGCCAUUCCUAGAGGUGACUAAGGAGGCCUUUGACAGAUCUUUCAAUGUCAAUCUUCGGGCUGUGCUGCAAGUCUCCCAGAUUUUUGCCCAGAAACUGAUUGCCAGAGGAGCACCUGGAGUUAUUGUCAAUGUUUCAAGCCAGGCUUCCCAACGGGCUAUGUUAAAUCACACUGUCUAUAGUGCAACCAAGAGUGCCUUGGAUAUGCUGACAAAGUCAAUGGCUCUAGAAUUAGGCCCCCAUAAGAUUCGGGUAAAUUGUGUGAACCCCACAGUUGUCAUGACAAAUAUGGGACGCCAAAAUUGGAGUGAUCCCCAGAAAUCUGGACCUAUGCUUAGCCGUAUUCCAUUGGGAAAAUUUGCAGAAGUGGAUGAGGUGGUAAACGGUAUCCUGUUCUUAUUGAGUGACCAAAGCAACAUGACCACUGGUGCCACACUACCCAUUGAUGGAGGAUUCCUCUCCAGCUAGAAUACCUUGUUGGGUAAAUUCGUUUGGGAUGAAUAGCCCAAAUUCUUCAUGAUUUAUCUGAUUUAGUCUUUUUCAAAAUACUGAAGGAUCAUGAAAUGGAACAAUAUGAUAUACCAAUAAAUCAAUAAAGUAGUAGAAAGAA